AUUGCUCUAUUCAUCAACUCAAAGAACUAAGAUAGCUCUCCCAUAAUCCUCACAUCACAUGGCCAAGAGCAAGGUCCUCAUUGUUGGCGGCACCGGCUACAUCGGGCGGAGGCUUGUGUGGGCAAGCCUGGACCAGGGCCACCCCACAUACGUCCUCCCGGAGACCGGCCUCGACAUCGAGAAGCUCCAGACGUUGUUGUCCUUCAAGAGGCGCGGUGCCCAUCUCAUUGAGGGCUCGUUCUCGGACCCAAGGAGCCUUGUCGAGGAAGUGAGGCAGGUCGACGUCAUCAUCUGUGCCAUGUCGGGCGUCUACUUUCGGAGCCACAACUUCCUGAUGCAACUCAAGCUCAUAGAGGCCGUCAAAGAAGCUGGAAAUGUCAAGCGGUUCUUGCCAUCAGAGUUCGGAACAAACCCGGCCCGAAUGGGUCAUGCAAUUGAACCGGGAAGGGUCACAUUCGAUGAGAAAAUGAAAGUGAGAAAAGCAAUCGAGGAAGCUAAAAUUCCUUUCACAUAUAUCUCCACCAGCUGCUUUGCUAGUUAUUUUGUGGGUAGUCUCUCUCGGUUAUCGAGUCUCACUCCUCCAAAAGACACAGUAUAUCUUUAUGGAGACGGCAACAUCAAAGCGGUUUUUCUCGAUGAAGAUGACAUCGCAACGUACACGAUUAAAACGAUUGAUGAUCCAAGAACACUGAACAAGACGGUGUACCUGAGGCCACCAGAGAACAUUCUGUCCCAAAGACAACUGGUGGGUAUGUGGGAGAAGCUCAGUGGAAGGACCCUGGAGAAGAGAAGCAUUUCUGCAGAAGACUUCCUUGCCUCCGUGAAAGGAAUGGAUUAUGCGCAGCAAGUGGGGAUGGGGCAUUUCUACUACGUAUUCUAUGAAGGCUGUUUGACAAACUUUGAAAUUGGGGAAGAUGGAGAAGAAGCUUCCCAGCUUUAUCCUGAAGUUCAAUAUACCCGCAUGGAUGAAUACCAGAAGAUUUAUGCAUGAUCGUGCUAAGAAGCAUUUGAACCAAUCAGAGUUCACUUUCGCUAUCAAAAUAAAAAAUCUUGAGUUCUCUGUAGUGAUUCUAUCAUUUCUGUAAUUAAACAAUGGUUUCAGCCCAGAUUUUCGAUUGAUGAUCGUGUUCUUUUCGGUCUCAGGAGAAAAGAAAGACCAUCUCAGAGUAUUCCUACAA